GUAGGUGAGGUACAGCAGCCGGGAUGCCGCUGUUCGCGCAUCUGCUCCGACUCCAGCAACUCCGCUGCACUCAGCCAGCAGGAAGGAUCAGGACGCUGCAGUCUGUACUCACUGGUUUCCAUUUUAGCUCCAAGAAUCAACAUGCACAGGUCCGGGCGCACGACGCGUGACGGCUCCCCGUCCUGACUGCAACGUGACGAGACAUCCAGAACCGACGGGUCCGACCUGCUGCGGGCUGCCUGCGCUCCAUUAAUCGAUCCUGGCUUCUGGUGACAGUCUGGUGGCUUUAAUCUGUCACUGUGUUAUGGGAGAAAAGGGAGACCAAUGUUAUUCUGUUUAGUUUAUUUAUGAUAUCACCCUUGCGGUUCACCUUGGACUUAGAAAAAACGCAUAAGAGUUCCAGAUAAACCAACAGUUAUGUGAUUCCGGUUGCAUAGAGAUGGAUCGCCUGCCGCAGAAAGAGAUCAGCACAGACCCUUGUGGUCCUAACAUUCAGUCUGGACCUUGUUGUGUGAUCAGAGGGAAUCCAGCUUUACCUCCCAAGCCUGCAGUCCCAGAACCACUUCUAUUCAACCAUUCAAAAGGGCUCAAAAAACAGUCGGGCCUGGGUCCCAUGCAGGCACCUGCAAAAACAACCACCUGGAUGAUGUCAGGGGAGGAUAAGCCCACUCCACCACAACUGGCAAGCAUAAGCCGGCCCAGACCGACUGCUCUUGGAACAAAAACAGCUUCAAAGUCAACCACAAUCCCAGUCGGGUCCUCUAAAGAAAUAGAUUUGAUCCCUGUUUGCAUUCCAGGACCUCAGAGCGCCUGCGUCUUGCCGCAUUCAACAUCAGAGCCCUCGUUUACUCUGUGUAACCCCCAGAGCCCUCAGUCAUAUCUAAAACCAAUGCUUAGUCCUAACCUGACCCCCAGCCCCAGUCCCAAAACCAGUCUGAAACCUCAACCCCAGAAGACCCCUUCGCCUGAGAGCUCCACACAGAACCAGACUCAAUCUGAAAAGCCAGGAGGAGAGAGCAGUGACUUCAGGGUGUACAUCGUCACGUGGAACGUGGGAUCAGCUGUCCCACCGGAUGACAUCACGUCUCUGUUUGGACCAAAUGUUUCAGAUGGGAGCAUAGACAUGUUUGUCAUCGGAUUCCAGGAGGUUAACUCAAUGAUAAACAAGAGGCUGAAAGAUGUUCUUUUUUCAGACCAAUGGAGCGAGCUUUGCAUGGAUACAUUAAGUCCCUUUGGAUAUGUUUUAGUCGCGUCCCAGCGGAUGCAAGGGGUGCUUCUGCUUGUUUUUUCUAAAAUCUGUCACCUUCCAUUCCUCAGAGGUGUGCAGACCCAGAGUACACGGACAGGACUUGGGGGAUACUGGGGGAAUAAAGGUGGAGUGAGUGCAAGAAUGACAGUGUUCGGCCACCCAGUGUGUUUUCUCAACUGUCACCUGCCGGCUCAUAUGAGGAACUUGGAGCAGCGGAUGGAGGACUUUGAAAGCAUCCUUCAGCAGCAGCAGUUCGAAGGAGGCAAUGCCACUGGUGUGCUGGACCAUGAUGUCGUGUUUUGGUUUGGGGACCUAAAUUUCCGUAUCGAAGACUACGACAUCCAUGUGGUGAAAUGUGCCAUUGAAAGCAGCAAGCUGCCUCUUCUGUGGGAGCGUGAUCAGCUCAACAUGGCUAAAAACACAGAGUCCAUCUUGGAGGGCUUCAUGGAAGGAGCGCUUAAGUUUCCACCUACAUAUAAGUUUGAUGUGGGGACUCACACAUAUGACACCAGUGCUAAGAAGAGAAAACCUGCCUGGACGGACCGUAUCCUGUGGCGCCUUCGUCGCACCGGCUCCCCUGUUCCUACCCACAAUGCAUCAUUGCAGCGGGGUCUGACCUCAUGGUUGGGUGGAGCCACUAAAGUCAUACAGCAUAAGUAUCAAAGUCACAUGGGCUUCACCAUCAGUGAUCACAAGCCUGUUUCCUCAUUGUUCUCACUACAGUUCCCAUUCAGGGUAGACCUUCCUCUGGUGGAGCUGCAGGUGAAUAAGGAGUGGUGCAAAGCAUCAGACUCCACUGUCAGAUUUACUGUUGCUUCAACAUAUCAACGCAGCUCAUGGGACUGGGUAGCAAUUUACAAAAUGAGAUUCAGACAUCACAAGGAUUAUCAGGCAUAUGUCUGGGCCAAAGGAGAGCAUGCUACACAGGUGACAUUCUCAGAAGAGGAUUUGCCAAGGGAGGACUGUGAAUACAUCCUGGGUUACUUCAGUAAUAUCAUGAACAGUAUCGUCGGUUUGUCUUCACCAGUCCGGAUCAGGAUGCCUGUCCACAGCCCCACUUUGUGCCGCUCUGACAGCUCCAACGUCAGCUCAGAAGAUGACAGCACAAUGGUUCUCCUGUCUCCAAACUCCCGCAGUCCGAGCCCAAAGACUGGCAAACGCCAUCAUCGACACCGCCGUAGUCGCAGCCCCGCCGUGUCUGCACUCUCAUCUAACCCCCUUCCGGCCCUACAGGGCCUCAGCUUGUGUCCUCGCGCAAAAGAGGGCCAGUCACGAAGCCGCUCGCCAUGCUCUGCUGCUAAAAAGGAGCGCCUGGUCUCCCCCGACACUGUGCCGUCUCCCAUCAUCAGCCCCCUCAGCCCUCGCAGCCCUGUGUCUCCGGGCAGUGGGGUGAGUGCACCGGAGGCCCUGAUUGUAGCCAUCUUAGGUGAACACAGUCCAGCUCAGGUUAGCCCCACAGGUUUAAAACAGAUUGGGAAGCAAGUUGAAACAGAGACGAGGAGGGCUAUAAAGAGAUAAAACAGGAAAAACAAGAUCUGCACAAUCAUGGUCUGACCUGAGGGAAGCUGCACAUUUAUAGACUCUAAUGUAGUUUGCAAACAUUCCUUGUUGCAGUUUCCUGUUAGUGAACCUACAAUCAUCUCAUACAACUCUGUGCUGUAUGUAUAUCUUUGAGUCAGAAAUGUGAGCAGACUCUUGUGUUCUCAUAAAAAGUGAUGUUAUAAACAAGCUGAAUGUAAAACCAAAGUCUGAACAAACCUGUGAGGGGACCACCUAUCACUGAAAGCAACAUGGCUCCAUGCAACCAGUCUGGUAUCGAAAUUAGGACUCUGAACCGCUAUUGAUGGUAUCAUAGUUCACAGCUAAGACAGGACGUGUCUGUGUGAAUAUAAGUUAUCUAAACCUAACUUAUUUCUUUAGAUGCACAAAACAUAAUGAGUUUAGCUCUGUUCAACUCGGUCUGUGUUAACAAGUUUAGUUUCAGUGUCCAAAUCUGCACACAGAGCUUUGUGUCACCUCAGUCUUGAAUCUACAUGUGAGCUGUAAUCCUAAACCAAUGCUCUUAUUCCUCUUAGCAGCUUUGUGAACUAGGCCCUAACACUCCAGAGCUGGAUGCUGACACCAACUUACUGUUUUCCAUCAAGGGCAGAGUGUUGUUUGAUUGUGCAAAUAAAAUCUGAAUGGAUAAAAAAUCAAAUAUAUUGGAUUCUGCCUCUUCAUGGUACAAUAAUCCUGUGCUUGUUACAUAAGGGAUGUGUGUAGAAUUUAAAACACUCCAAAAAGAAUCUCUAACCGCCUCUCUAGCAGCAACAUCUUGUGACAUGACUUGGACUUUAGCUUCUUGAUGUAAAAGUGCUUAGACAGACCAAAGA